AAAGGAUUUUGCUAUAAGAUGAUGAGAUGGUUUAUUGAUGUUUUGGUCUCGGUAUAAACACCGAUAAAGCGAUGGUUUUCAGGUUAUGCACAAGGCUUUCAAAGCGGAUUCUAGUCUGGAGAAGUAUGCUACUUUUAGUACUUUUAAAUUUAAUUAGGGCCUAAUAUAUUAUUUCUUUAGAGUAGACCUAUCCAAGUUUGUUGACUUUUCUAAGUUUUCGUGCUACUGGUCACUUAUCCGCCACUCACUGCCACUACCAGCUAAUGAGGGUGACUAAUCAGACACUACUAAUCACAAUGAAAUGUCAAUUGAGUAUAAGUUUUGCAUUGCCAACAUCUCAGAAUCUUAGUCUUAGUCAUUCUUGGUCUAAGUCUAAGUAAUAAAAGACUUAUUAGUCUUUCUCUUCUUAUUAAUAGUUCUUAGACUUAAUUAAAUGUUAAUGAGUACACAGUAAUCUAAAUCAUUCAGUUACUAUAACUACAGGCAUAGGCUAUAGGCAUAGGCAAUUUAUAACUUCCAUUCAGUAUUCAGACAUGGUUGAUUCAGAUUGAUUUCAACUUGUCCAAUUUCAAUGUUAAAAAAAAAAAGUAAAGAAGAAGAAGUUAAGGUAAGGAUUGGUGUUCCAGGACAGAUCUAUUAAUUUGACAUUUGUUGUCACAGCUCCAUUGGCCAUUGAAAGUACUGAAUAAUGCUUGCGUAAGUCUAGCUUAAUAAGCUACUAGUAGUAGUACUACUAAAUAAUUAUAGUAAAUAUAGUAAACAGUGUAGCAACACAUGCUGGUAAUACUGGCUUAACUGGGUUCAGUUGCACCAUUCAACAACAAAUGUUUAUUCAGAUACAUUAAAAGUUUGUGUACAAAACUGCAGGGUUCUUAAACAGUGUAAAGGCAAUAUCUACACUAUAAUUACACAAGUUAUUUAAUUACUUUCUCAAGUCUUGCAACUCUGCUGAUUAUGUAAACUGAUAAACCAUACUGAAAUUGCACAUUUUACUAUCUAGUGAAACCUUGAUUUUUACCAGUGCAAUGACAUUUUCAGGUGUUAAUACAACUAACACAAAAUUUUGAACAGCCUCUCUACUCUCUUUAAUAUUCUCACCUAUCUGUAACACAUUUUAUAUCCUUCCUUUGUGAUAUUUAUCAUCAUGUACCGUACACAUUUACUACAUACAAAACAAUACAACCAGUCGACGACAACUGACUCUGACAGUCACUGUCUCAGUACCACUGCACAAACAGGGAAAUCUGAAACAUAACCAGGUGUAGUUUUUGUAACAUUGGAAUUCUUUGAUCUUUACAUUUUUUUUGUCUGAUUACUUUAUAUUUAAGAAUAAUUUUAGUAUGGUUAGUGAACAUGACAUAUCUUAACAAUGUCACUACAUUAAAUUAACAGAAUAUUAAAGCUCACUAAAUGGCACAGUACAGCGGAAACUUGAUCACCAGUAAAACCCGUCAGUAAAACAUGAAAAUUUUAUCAAUACUAUUCACUGCUAACCUAUAAUACUCUAUAUCACAGUCAGUAGAAGUAAAAAAAGAUACUUCCUUAUGUACUAAUGUGUAUGCUAUCAUUUAUAGUACCAUAUUAAAAAAUAAUUUUUCUAAUUACUAUUUUAAUUGCCAUAUCCAGGUUCUCAUCAAUAUAAACAAAGAUGUCACCAUACAGAAUCAUAACUGGGAUAUAGAGAUAGUUGACACAUCCAGACACUAUGAUGAAUGAUAAUGCCAGAAGCAUCGUGUUAGUCUUUGAUGAAUCCCUCACCCGAAUCCAAACUGUCUCUGAGCUGCUUCUCAUUUCCUGCACACCUAGGCCUGUUUUCACCCGUCCUGAUGAUUUGUCCCUCUCAGGGGACACAUUUAUCAAAUAUCGUGACCGGGUGAUUGGCCAGCUCAACAAAAUGAUGAUUUUAUCACGAGAUAUAGCCACCCAGGUAAUUUCUCUUUUGAAAUCAAACACUGAUGGUCUGGCCAGUACUUUGAAAAUAUUUAUGCUUUGAUCAACAACUCUGAUUAUGUUGAUCUAAAGGUGCGUCCUGUUAAAAGGGAUGAAUAAAUUUACAGAAAAUUUUCUGAUUUAUGUAGUUGAGGAUCACACUUAACACUAAAAUAGAAAUUCUCAUAUCACAGAUUAUUGUUUAAGAAUACAUAGUGCAAGUGCCUCACAGUGUUUCAGAUUAGUGAACUUAUUUUUUGAUAUUUUUCAGAUUAGUGAACUUAUUCUUUGAUAUUUUUCAGAUUAGUGAACUCUUUCUUUGAUAUUCUUUCAGAUUAGUCAGUUCUUCCGGUGAUAGUUAUUCAGAUUAGUAACCUCUUUCCUUUGACAGAUGUUUCAACAAGUUUCCUUACUUAGGUGGCCCUGUGCUAUCUGAAAUUAUAACUGAAAUUCAUGCAAUAUAUUUUGUACUUUAAAAAUGGUAAGGGAGAAACUGAAAACAAAAUUUAUCCAUUCUCUAUAGCUUGAUAAGUUUAUAGUCUCAAAUCACACAUGUAUAUAUGAAAGUUUUAUAUUAUAUACAUAAUUAUGUAUGUAUGAUGUUCAUAUGUGUCAGUUACAUUACAAUGCAUCUAUAUUUUUCUUAUAGUUUGCCUUUUGGUUUGAGCCUUAAAUUAUUAAAUACACAUUUAACCAGGAUCAAUUAUAUAUUUAUUUUCAGGUACAUGGCAAGCAGAUACACUGGAAGCAGUUUUGUCAACGAGUGCAAGAGCUGACCACUGUGGUGAUUUACCUCUCAGAGCUGUCUGCCCACAUUGCCUACCUCAUAGCCAUCAACAUACCAGGGUCAGAGCCGGCGAUUCCCGGCCCAGUGGCCAAUGUCCACCAGCUGACCCAGGCCGACCUGGAUGUGAAGUUCUCAUGCACUCGCAUGAAACGCUCAAAGAUGAAUGACCUGCACCCACAUGUUCUGGUUGGUUGAUCAACUGUAAUUAAAAUUAGUUUACUUUAAUUUUCUAUUCAAAAAAACUUUUGUGCUGUUUGAUUUUUUACACCUUGAUGAUUACAGAGUUUGCUUUAAAAAAACUGGCAUUGUGAAGAUAAGUUAUUUUUUUUAUGCUAAAGUUCAUGUACUUGUAAGUUAUUAGAAGAUGUUUAGUUGGGAGGAAGAAAAUGAGUUAUGUAAAUAUGCAUCAUGGAUAACGAAUGAAAACAGAAGGGAUGUUUAAAGUACUGUUAUUUUUGCAUGACUGUUAUGUGAAAAACGGGUCACAUAUUGUGUUAUAUUGUGUUAUAUGAUUUCAUAUUACAAUUAAGCUGUUUACAUGGGUCAUGGCCUUAAGAACACAGUAGUUGUGUUCAGAGCUCCACAGCCUGUGCACAUAGCUCACUGCCUUAAAAAUAACAAUAAUUCUGAUCAGAUUUAUUCAAAAAUAAUCUUCUUUGUGAAAAUUAAAAUUUAAAAGAAAAAAAAAAUCUAAAUCUAAUCUUCCAUGAUCCAGGUUGACCUCUGCAGUUCCUUGACCAAAUCUCUGACAGUAAUGACGGAUAUUUGUCGGAAUGCUGCUGAGAAAAUUUCUGACCCAAAUGAUCAG